AUUGAGGUGAUUAACUGGGCGGAAGCGGUGUGGUGACAAUGUUUUUGCUAUCUUCAUCUCUUGUUAACCUUUCAAAUGAUGAUCAUGAGUUAAUGUUCUGUUUUUAAUCAUUUUCUGCUCAAAUGAUUGGGCAGGUUUUACUAUCCAAUCGCGUGAUUCGUAUGAUUGGGUUGGACAUACCAAAUGGGCAAACCCCAAUUAAGCCUAUGAAAAAUACAAUGUUCUGCACUUCUGUUUACCCGACCACAAACGAUGUCAUCGGAGGAAGACUACAACGACGUGGACUACGAUGAUCAUGACGACGGAGAUUCACCUAGUUCCGGCGACGACAACGACAACGACAACGACAGCGAUAAUUUGGAAUUCGCAGAUACCAAUGCUAAUGAUCAAUGUGAUUCUUUCUCGUCUCCCUCCUCGUGUCAGGUGAUUACAAGUGACUCUCUUUGGGCUGCACAGUGGAAUAUUUUGCAAAAAGUAAUGGAUUUACUGAUGGUGGGAGUACACCAUGCCAGAACUUUACUUAUUCAUUACCACUGGAAUGUUGAUAAAUUAGUCACGGUAUUUGUUGACAAGGACAAAGACCAUUUGUUCGCUGAAGCUGGAGUUAAAAUGUUAAAAUGCCCUGAUCUAGGCACUUACGUAUCGCCUUCUUCAACCCUCUUCUGUCAUGUUUGCAUGGAGAAUGUCCAGUUCAAUACAGCGACUCAAAUGGAUUGCCAACAUUCAUUUUGCAAUGAUUGCUGGACAGAGCAUUUUAUUCAGCAGAUAAGGGAUGGCCAUAGCAGGCGAAUUAGGUGCAUGGAACACAAAUGCAAUACAAUCUGUGACGAAUCUGUCAUACGAAACUUAGUAAGCAAGAGAGAUCAAGAUCUGGCAAAGAAAUUUGAUCGCGUUCUUCUAGAAUCAUACAUUGAGGAGAAUAAGUUUGUAAAUUGGUGUCCAAGUGUUCCUCAUUGUGGAAACGCUAUACGUGUUGAGGGUGACGUUCUUUGCGAGGUAGGAUGUACGUGUGGUUUACAAUUUUGUUUUGGAUGUUUAUCAGAAGCACACUCUCCUUGUUCAUGUUUAAUGUGGGACUUGUGGAGCAAGAAGUGGAAAGAUGAAUCGUUGAACUUGAACUGGAUUAAGGUCAAUACAAAGAAUUGUCCAUCGUGUCAAAAGCCCGUGGAGAAGAAUGAAGGAUGCAAUAUUGUCAGAUGUGUGUGUGGAAAACCUUUCUGUUGGGUAUGUUUGCAAGCAAAGAGCUACAACCAUAAAUGUGGGAGUUAUGUAGACCCAGGAGAUUCUAUUGAACAGGCAAAAAAGAUCCUGUACCGAUACAGGCACUACUAUGAACGGUUCAAAGCACAUAGAGAUUCCUUGAAACUCGAGACUGAACUAGAGAAGACUGUAAAAGUAAAGAUCUCAAGUUCUGAGAAGAAAACAGGGCUUCUAGACUUUACCUGGUUGGAGAAAGGAAUGUGCCGAUUAUUCAGGUCAAGACGGGCUCUUUCAUACUCGUAUGCCUUUGCCUUUUACAUGUUUGGAGAUGAGUUAUUCAAGGAUGACUUGAGUAAACAAGAGAGGGAAUUAAAACAAAAUUUGUUCGAAGAUCAACAACAGCAAUUCGAGGCUAAUGUUGAGAAACUCUCGAGGUUGAUAGAAGAGCCAAUUGACAAGUAUUCUGUGGAUGAAGUCAAGGAUACAAGGGUAAAAGUUGUUAUUUUGUCUAAUGUUGUUGCCAAGUUCUGCAAGAGUAUGUACGAUUGCAUUGAAAAUGAUUUACUAGGUUGCCUUCGUUACAAUAUUCAUAACAUCGCGCCUUAUAGAUCAGACGGAGUUGAGAUGGCGUCUGAGCUCUCUGUUAGCCUGAGUUCAACAGGCAGUGGAGGUGUGCCAUCAGAAGAAGAGAUAAAUGGGUGGAUGAUGGAAAUCGACGAGUCGUCGAGUUUUGAAAGAUCUAGUAAAAUGACGAGGGUCAGCUGAUGCAUGCUAGAUGUAGCAGUGGUUAUAGUGUGGCAGGCUCAGAGAUUUCUUCUGAUAAAUUUGUCCAAAAGGGUUUCUUGAUUCUUGCUUAAUAAAGGUUCACACCUUAAGGAGUGCACUACUUUAUGAAAAUUUCAAUAAAAAGAAAAUCAUGGCUGUAAAUUUUGGUAUGGAAUAAAUAGUCACGCUAAAAGUGUAUUGUGGACGUGCAAUGUGGGCCUUACAUAUGGAUAGAAGUACUAUAUUAUUCCCUCUUGGAUAAUAUUACGUAAUAGGGUUUUUGUUUUUUUCUGUAUGCGGAGGAAUAAAAAGGCGUUAUGUAGACAUGAUC